CCUCAAUGGGCAUCACCCCUUUCUUUGUGGAGAGUGUCAGUGAGCUGCAGCUGUGUGCCAUCAAGCUGGUGACAGCGGUGUUCUCCCGCUAUGAGAAGCACAGGCAGCUGAUUUUGGAAGAGAUCUUCACAUCUCUGGCCCGACUGCCCACCAGCAAACGCAGUCUCCGCAACUUCAGGCUGAACAGCAGCGACAGGGACGGCGAGCCCAUGUACAUCCAAAUGGUUACAGCCCUGGUGCUACAGCUCAUUCAGUGCGUGGUACACCUCCCAAACGACCGCGACGCCAUGGAGGACGAGUACAACAGCAAGGUACGCAGAGAAAUGGUGUAA